AUGGGGCUCAAACUAUAUGGUAUGCGCCAAGCAACUUGCACUCAAAGAGUGCUCACCACACUCGCCGAGAAGGGCAUCGACUUCGAGCUUAUUAUUGUCAACCUCAUGGCGGGAGAGCAGAGGGAACCUUCGCAUCUUGCGAUGCAGCCUUUUGGAAAGGUUCCCGUCCUCGACGAUGAUGGUUUCUUAAUCUAUGAGAGCAGAGCCAUUUGCAAGUAUCUUGCUCGAAAAUAUGCCGAUAAGGGUACAAACCUUAUUCCCGCCGAGGGGGAUCCGAAGGCAUACGGGUUGUUCGAACAAGCUUGCUCGAUAGAGCAGAAUUAUUUCGAUGCCGAAGCGUUCGGUCUCUGGUUCGAAAAGUUUAUAAAGCCUGCAAGGGGAUUGGGCGCCACCAACGAGGAGAAUGUUCAAAAACACAUCCAAACUCUUGACAAGAACCUCGCAGCCUAUGAGCAAAUUCUCUCGAAGCAGAAAUAUCUUGCUGGAGAUGAGUUUACCUUGGCUGAUUUGUACCAUUUGCCGCAUGGUUCACAGGCAUUGAAAUAUGGAUUCCAAGGUCUACUUGGAAAAUACCCUCAUGUGAACAAGUGGUGGGAAGGAAUUCAAGCUAGAGACAGCUGGAAAAAGGCAUCUGCAGAGUCUCUUUAG